GCUGAAGACACGUAAGAAAUUUCUCGAGGAACACGAAAAGGCUGUAGAAUACAUUAACACAUUAAAGGAAAACGAAUAUCUUUUGAGGCCUAUAAAAGAGCAAGAGGGUUGAAGGGGGUAGUUUAGUAACACUCCAGCAUUCAACAACUGCACAAGAUGAAAUUGACGUUGAUCUUCCUGACUUGCUUCGUCGGUCUGUCCUACCAACAGCGAUACGUAUGGCCAAUGCCAUAUGCUCCAAGGGCGCAUUUGAUGCCUUUGUUCUACGCUGACGGACAGCCAGCAGCUGACGUUGAAAUUCUACCUGAAGUCAAGGAAAUCGAUAAUCAAGCCAAGAACGAACCCGAAAUUCAGCAAGACCACGAGAAGGUAUUCUUACCAUUAGCCUCACCUGUGUUGAAUUUCAAACCGUUCACAACGACCACCACUUUUACCUCAACUUCUGUCUCCGUUGUGUCAACUCCAACGACCGUCAAAUGCAUCCCUUCAACCAAAUUUUCGAUUGCGACCGCUGCUAAUUUACUUGCGAUUCCAGUAGUGACUGAAGUGCGCGCCACGUCAGCUUGUGCCCGUCGCCGUCGCGAUCUGGAACACCUUUUAGCCGACGCUGAGUCAGCUAAGGCAUCCAUUGAACCCGCUCAACCUAUCGCCCUCGAAGUGUCUGCCAUUGAGCCACUGCCCGUUGCUGACGUGAAGGAUGCCAGUUUCACCGAACCUGAAAUUGAAUCUUCGCAAUUGAUGAAUCUGUCACCUGAGGUCGUACAAGAAGAUCCCAGCAAAGAAGAUAGGGGUUUGCUUAAUUUGAGCCUGACGACGACCAUAUCGGUGACCACAGUAACUACGGUGAUCUCUUUCGCUGGCGCUACCGUGAAAAGCACUGCCAAUAUCGCAGCUGACAAUGCGCUGCUAUGCCUUCCAUCCGGAUUUACAGUUUGCUAAUAAGAUCUACCCACGUUUGCUAUGCGUUUUUGUUUUCCAGAAAGCAAGACGAUUUUGUCCUCGUAAUUAUUUUGUUUGCUCCCUUUAAUUUAUAUCGACAUGAUUAACCGAUUACGCUGGUAGUGUGUAAUAAUCAGUUAGAAAUUAUCGAAAUACAUGACUUCCAUUAAAUUUA